UUUCGGUACUGUAGGGUAGAUUGAUUGAAAGCAGCGAAGUCUGCUCACAACAGCUUUGGUUGGUGAGCUGAGCUGACAUCUCUUUGCCAUCUCUUGACUAUCGCAACAAGCAGACGCCAUAACUAGAGACGGUCCAAUCGCAAACGCUUUUAGAUCACUCGGGUCCCUAGUCUCGCAGGCCGUUGAACAUAUCUGGGUUCAUGAGAACUUUACCGUCUAGCUGACAGAAGCUCUUUUUCCUUAUUAUCUCGUAAAGGUGUCGUCUUUUUUUGCUGACUAUAGCGUUUAGGGUUACGUGGGUCAGCAACAUUCAUGUAGUGAACCGGCUUCUUUUUUUAUAUCGUCUAAACUAUCGUCUUCCGCAGCUUGAAGGCUAUACUUACUACUGUACACCUUAUCAUCCAAAAGGUCGACCUCUCUAAUUUAUUUCUGACGUGUCAUGUUUCGAUGACGUGUCAUGUGCGGAUAAUGGUCCGCCUACCAUGGGCGUCGGUGGUGCGGAGGACUCUAACGGGGGAGGAGGAGCUGGGGGAGUAGCGAUACUACAGAUAGCAGACCCCGUUAUAGCGUCAGGACGUGCAGACCCCGUUAUAGCGUCAGGCCGUUUACCGUCUCCUGACGCAACCCCUUCUAUCACCACGGCUAACGAUUCACAGGGCUACGAGCUUUCUCCUGAACGACCCUCUAACUACCGCGAUGCGUGGGCGGAGUUAAACGCUACUCUUGGCGCUGGUAGAAGCAGCAGCGAGCGGAAAGAGAGCAGCCGUUUAAGCAGAAGGGCUAUUCCAAUGGCGGAAGGGGAGAGGCGGCGCGUUUCUAGAUCGAGCCGUAGCCCGGGAUUAGACAACGAUUAUGACGACGAGCGGGAGCGCGGGAGCGGGGGGAGGUCGAUUAACGGCGUCUUGCGCCGCGAGAAAUCCCCCCGUCCCGAGCGGCCGCGCCACUCAAUCGACGACUACGGAGGAGGGGGUAUCGCGCGACCUUCCACGUCCGGGGGGAGGAGAAUGCGGCGCGACAACUCAGGCGGAGACGACCUGUCGACCACCGGUGCCAGCCGGCCUCCUGAUUGGCUGAGAGAAUCUGGCGGGGGCGCUGCUCGGCCGGCAACCAGCGGGGGCCGGAGAAUGCGCUCGUCCGGUCUUGGGGGGAUGGGGGGAGAGGAUGGCGCAUCGAUUGUCUCUCCGCGGAUGGGCGGGGAGAGGCCUGUUGGCUCCCCGCGCGGAACGAUGAUGCCCAAGUCGCACUCCGCUGCCCGCGCCAUGGCGGGGGGGAUUGGGGGGAGCGCGCGGGAGCGCCUGCAGUCCCCGUUAGCGGAGGACGGGGAAGAAAUUAUGUCGCCUUCUAGAGGCCGGUCUGUAAGCAGGUGGGUGGAGGACUCUAUUCAGGAAGGGGGAGCGGGGGCGGGGGGAGCAGGCGCAGGGGGAGGGGAGCGGGUCCCGGCGAACAUGCGGUUUGCGCGGCGGUGCAGAUCGGUGCAAGUGUAUAACGCAGGUGAUGACCCGGAUAGUAAGAUUAACCGGUCUGCUUCUAGCGCUUCCGAGGCGAAAAUUGCACUCGGCGGCGGAGGGGGGGGAGCAGGCGGAGCGAGCAGCGGCGGCGGGCGACCGAUUUCGCCGGAUCGCGAAAGCAUGUCGUCGACGUCGUCGUCCGUGCGACGGUACCAUCCCAAACACGGAGACGACGAUAUCGCGUACGAGGACGGGGAGAGGCGGCCCCGGCGCAGGGCGGCGGCGGACGAGGAUGAUCUGGGCAGGCGCGCGGGGAGCAUGCGGGAGCGGGGGGAAGGCGGGUUCGAAAACACCCCCCGCACGCCCCCCCCGCGCAUGCACUCACGCUCCAGGUACGCGGAUGAGGGCGGCGCAAUACGAUCUCCGCUGAGGCGGAGGCCGCCCGGGGGGGAACGAGACCCCCACCGCCCACCGUCCCGCCAGAGCUCCCACGCUUCCGACGCGGGGGACCCCUCCUCAGCGCUACACCCGCGCCCGCCCUCGCGCAGCAGCGGAGCAUCAGGGGACAUGCCCGCGCCCAGCCCCUCGGGGAGGCUGAGAAGCGGAGCGGGCAGGCGGGGGGUGGCGGAACACGGGGAAGCUGGCGCGCGCCCGCGCACCCCCACGGGGAUGGAGAUGUCGGGGCGGAUGGGGUUCGGGGGGGAAGGGCUAAGCCGGCCGAAAACAGCGGAUGUGCAUGGACGGAGGCUUGCAGUCCCCCGCUCCGCCUCUACCACCGAGGGAACUGCGCUGGCGGGGUUUUCCAAGGAGCGGGGGGAGCGAGGGGAGAAGGGGGUUCAGCGCUCCGCUUCUGAAGCGGCGGACGAAGAGGAGGAAGGGGGGGGUUAUGGGGGGGGGCAUAGGGUCGCGCGGUACAGUGGCGCAAUGCGGUCAAGAACGGUCGCGGGAGCAGGGGCGGGGGGGGAGUUUGAUGAUGAGGAGACGGAGGAGGAGUUGCGGAUGAUCGAGGAGAAGGAGCGGAGGCGGAGGCGGGCGGAACGGGCGCGCAGGAUGCGCGGGGACGUUCCGGAGGGGGACGAAAUGGACGGCGACGAUGACUUUGAUGAUGAAUUCGACGAUGAGGAUGGCGCGGAUAGGGGGUAUGGGCGGAUGGGGACGGGGGGGAGAGGGGAACGGGGGGACAGGGAGCCUAGGCGGGGGUAUAGGCGCCGGGAAGAGGAUAUAAUGAGAGAGGAACAUCGGCGACUGGCUUUAGAACUGGAAAGAGAGAGGGAGGAGAGGAGGAAACUCGCAGAUGAGCUUAAGAGACUCGAGAGGGAGACUAAGGAGCGAGAGGAGAGGAGGCGGAUGGAGAAGGAACGAAGGCGGGCGGAAAAGGAGAAGCUAGUAGCGGAAGUGGCGGCGCUGCAGCUGCCCUCAGGGGGGGACGCGGAGGACGGGGGGACGGGGGAGGGCAGGCGGACCCCCCGCAUGGGCGGGGGCAUGCUCUCCCCGUUUGGCGGACGGCAGAAAACGCCUGAGCGCGAGCGGAGAGGCGCGGGGGGGAAUCGCCCUAUGACCCCUGAGAGGAGACCUGUAACACCGGAGGGCAUGCAGGCGAGACUGACCAGAAAAAACAGAGAGGUGAUUCGGGCAGCCCGAAAAGAAGCAGCGGCAGCGGAGAAGUCGAGUGAUGGGGCACAGGCGGCGUUGCAGCAGGUGCUGGUUAAUAUUCUGAAGCGGCCUUUUGCGGAUGUCAGGGAGUCUUAUAAGGUGGAUAAGAACGAGCUGGGGCGGGGCAGGUUCGGCGUGAUCCGAGCCUGCGUGGAUCGGGUGACGGGGGAGAGGCUCGCUUGCAAGACCAUCAGCAAGGGGAUGCUGCAGUGCCAGCAAGAUAUAGAGGACGUGCGGAGGGAGGUAGCGGUGAUGGAGAUGCUGCAGGGCCACCCUGAUGUGGUCAAUCUGAGGAGCACAUUCGAAGACGCUCAGGACGUGCAUCUGGUGAUGGAGCUGUGCGAAGGAGGGGAGCUGUUCGAUCGUAUUAAGGCCAAGGGUAAAUUUUCUGAGGCGGAGGGGGCGAAGGUGCUGCGCACGGUGAUAGGCGUGCUACAGCACUGCCACGAGCUGGGGGUGAUGCACCGCGACUUAAAGCCUGAGAACAUCCUGCUGAACAGCAAGGAGUCGGACACGGACCUGAAGGUCAUCGACUUCGGAGUUGCCACCUUCUUCCAGAGAGGUAAACCCUGCACUGACAUGGCAGGCAGCCCCUAUUAUUUGGCGCCAGAGGUGCUGGCUGAGAAGUACGGCCCCGAGGCAGACAUCUGGAGUGCGGGCGUGGUGCUCUACAUCCUGCUGUGCGGGCUGCCGCCCUUCUGGGGCACGACCAACGAGGCCAUCUUUGAGGCGAUCAAGGAGGCCACACUCAACCUCGUGCGCCCGCCCUGGCCGUCGAUUUCGGAGGAGGGGAAGGACCUGGUGCGGCAGAUGCUCAACCGGAAUCCCAAGAAGAGGAUCACGAUUGAAGAGAUACUGGAACAUCCUUGGAUUGUCAAGAAUGCAGGCCCAUCAUGACAUGACACCUGCUUGAAGAUUUCAAGUUGAAAACCCUCCUUGUAGUCUUGUCAGGGCGCAUCUCCAGCGGCAAGCGUUUCAAGAAUUAUCUGUGUCAAACCCACCCCUGAAAACUGAUUCCGUGACACCGUGUCAGCCAGAGAUGCGCUCUUACUGGCUUACUGUUCAUCAUUGGACAAAUGAGAAGAGGGUGGUAGCCUUUGUUUCUUAUGGUUUUGUGUAUGCAUGGGGGGCAUUGUCCACUCACUAGCCUAGAGUAGUGUUUUUAGGGAACCCAGAUUCUAAUUUUAGGCAACUGAUUUGUACAAGAGCAAACUCAGAUGGCCUCCUCGGCUGCUACCGCAAUAGUGAGUGUACUUCCAACUU